AUGAGAUGUUCAGCGAACGUUGGGACGAACGGAAGUCGCGUUUUCCAGGAAAUCACAAACGCACUGACAAACUCUGUGGAUGCGGUCGAGGGCCCCACUACCACAGCAUCAGCCGUCGAGUUUGGGAACGAAUGCCACAUGUUGACGGAAAACGAGUGGCAGCGACUGCUUCGAGCGGGACUUCGACUGACUUCGACUGGCGAUAAGAAGGAGCGGUACUGCUUUCAGGACGUUCCGGUGGGGAACGACGCGACUGUGCGUGUGCUGCGACAAGUACACGAGCACCAGUACGUACUUCAGGUGCAGAAGACAUUGAAGAAGAGUUGGGCGAGCACCAAAGGGGAACGAGGUGCAACGUCGUUGCGAGCGAAGCGGGAGCGCUCGAGCUGCCAGUCGACUGCAGGGGGAACACCUCCACGAUCAAAGAGUGCUGUCACUGUCCAGACGAUAUCUCCGGACGAGAAGAAGAACAAAAGGGGUCGAAACGGCGAUGAUGCAAAGUGUAGUGCUGACGAGAUGGCUCCACCGACCAAGACACGCAGGAUGAGCGGCACGAGGAGCAAGAAGUCGGCUCUUGAUACGCAAAGAGAGUUGCAGGUCGAGACCGCCUGCUUGAUCGUCCCGGGCAGCAGGAAAUCUCAGCAUCCGGAACGAGUUGGGAUCGUCAGCAGUUUCUACGGCAGUAAAGCUCUAGCUCUAUGCCCUCGAUUCCUUGCUGUUGACGGGGACACGAAUACUUUGCCUUUGAUGUCAGGUGAAUCGGGUGAUGAAGACGUUGCCACGUCAAGAGCUUGGAAUGGAGUCCGCAGCGAUCAAGACGCUAGCGCAAAGGAUUCGACACAGUCGUCUAUUCGACAGAUGCACGAUCGAAGUGGGCCGAGCACGCUUGCUAUUCCGUUGCAGGACUUUCCACUUGCAUCAGGCAAUGAUGCCAAUGCGGAUGACAGUGACGACUAUGAUCAGACCACGUGUGAUGCUGGAAACCAAGCUCGUAACAAUGCCGUGCAAUUGACCAGGACAACGGAUUCGUCCCAUUUAUUGUGGUCGGUCUGCAAGAAUACGACGAUGCAGGUCUGCAAGGCACUAAACAAGAUGUGCAACUUGGCCUCUUCGGAUAAGGCUCAAGACUCAUCAGGUGUUGACUACGACUUGCUGUGGAUCGAGGAAGACGGCCGACACCACUGGACAAUGUUUGGCGAGCCGAGUAGGUGA